AUGGAGGAGAUGGUGCAGAAGGGCAAGUCAGAGAUCGAGGCUGAGAAGACUCAGUUUGCCGAGUACGUCAAGUUCUGUGAAGAUACCACGGCAGAGAAGAAAACUGCAAUCGAAGAUGCUGAUGAGCGAAUCUCAGGCCUGACCGCAUCCAUUGACAAGGCUUCAUCGGAUGUGGACCAGCUGACCACAGAGAUUGCCGAGCUCGAUAGCAUCAUUGCCUCCACCAGCGCGGAAAAGGCGAAUGCCACGGCCAUUCGUAAGAAGGAGGCCGCAGAUUUCUCGGCCGCCCUCACUGACUAUGUCGAUUCCAUCACUGCCAUGGGCAAGGCUUUGACGGCUCUGAAGGAGCAGCCUAAGACCCGUCCGCAGACCACUUCGCUGCUGCAGAUGUCGGAUCUCUACCGGGCAAAAGGGAACUUGAGCCCCUCAGAGGCUUCCAAGUACCUGGAUGCCUUCCUGACCGGUCACGCAAGCAAGUCUGAGUCUCUGCUGGCUGAAACGUCGGAACCUGAAGCAGCUGGAUACGAGUUUCAAUCUAAUGGUGUCAUUUCUAUGCUCGAGAAGCUCGAGAGCCAGUUCAAGGAGGAGAAGGAGGACCUGAAGGCUGAGGAGCAAAAGAAGAAGAACGCUUUCAAGAGCCUGGUCACCGGCCUUGACUCUGAAAACACGGAUGCCAGCAAGAGCAAGGAGAGCAAGUUAGGAGAGAAGGGAAGCAUCUCAGAGCAGAAGGCGAAGGAUGAAGCAGAGUUGGCGGACACCAGCGCCACAAGGAAGGAGGAUGCCAAGUACAAGAAGGAUCUUGAGAUGAGCUGGGGGGAGCGGACUGCAGAGUUCAAGAGUCGCCAGAAGCUUCGUGCGGAGGAGCUGGAGGCCCUUGGCAAAGCCAUCGAAAUCAUCUCGGGUGAUGCGGUGACGGGCAGCGCUGGGAAGCACCUGCCCAGCCUCUUGCAAGGCACCGCCAUGGCCAUCGUGAGCGCCAAUCGCUCGCGCGACUCGCGCAUGCUUCGCACCCCAAGCUUCCGCAAAGUUGCGGACUUCUUGCAGGAGAAAGCCGCCGCUUUGCACAGCCAGGAGCUUGCCGCCCUGGCCAUGCGGGUUCAAGCCGACCCUAUCGACAAAGUCAAGGAGAUGAUCGAGAACAUGAUCACGCGAAUGGAGAAAGAUGCUGCUGCAGAGGCCACGAAGAAGGCGUGGUGCCAGGAGGAGCUCGCCGAGAAUAAGGAGGCCCGCGAAGCAAAGGACGACGAGAUUGAGGGCCUGCAGGCGGAUGAGGCCAAGUUGCAGUCGUCGCUUGAGCAGCUUGCUUUGGACCUGGCAGAGCUUGACAAGCAGGUCAAGGACAUGAAUGCUGCCAUGACCAAAGCAACUGGCAUCCGCCAGAAAGAGAAGGAGGAGAACACUGUUGCCAUCAAGGAUGCCAAAGCUGCCCAGACGGCAGUCGCGGAAGCCCUGAGCGUUCUGAACGAGUUCUAUGCCAAGGCUGGGCAAGCGACAGCUUUCACGCAGGUGACGGCAGGUCCACAGCCUUUUGAGAAGCCCUACACGGGCAUGGGUGCCGAGAGUGGCGGGGUGCUGGGCAUGAUCGAAGUGAUCCAAUCUGAUUUCGCCCGGCUGGAGGCCGAGACGACUGCAGCUGAGCAGUCAGCUGCCAAGGAGUACGAGUCCUUCAUGGAUGACUCCAAGCUUGACCUGGCUUCUAAAGAGAAGGACAUCUCGCACAAAUCAUCCAGGAAAGACUCCGAGACGCAGGCCUUGGCUUCCGUUCAAACCGACUUGGCAAACGUGAAGAAGGAGCUGGAUGCCGUCAUGAAGACCUAUGACGAGCUGAAGCCGCAGUGUGCUGAUGCCAGCGCUUCCUACGAAGAGCGCAAGGCGAAGCGCGACGCCGAAAUCAAGUCCCUGGAGCAGGCCAUGGAUGCGCUGAACAUCGCCCGCUAG